ACACUUUGCAAUCUAUUCCGGCUCUUCCUACAUCCGCAAGUGAGAGGUGAAAUACGUGUGUUUUAUAUCCAUUAAUAUAAUAAACUACAAGUAUACAUUCAAUAUAUUUCAUUCUCAUUCGACUCAAGUAGAACCAUGCCAUUGUAGGCUCCAACACUAGCCUUACUUUUAGCGCUCUAGCAUAGCCUGUCUCUAUCGUUUUCUAGUCUAUGCAUGUGAUUGCCGGUCGUGAAGUAUAUGACAGAUACGGUGAACAAGAGGGAAGAGUAAGGUACAAAGUUCUGCGGAGUAUGAUUACGGUGCGCGAGUGCAUGCCACUUCAAUAUCAAUUUCUUCAAUAUGGCAACGGUCGAAGACGAUUCUUUUCAGAACCUUAAAUCGCAUUCUAUGCAUCCAGCCGAGAAGCUUGAAUGGGUUCCGUUAUCUCUCACAUUAGUGGAGUAUCCUCAUGCAAGUCUGGCGUGUCCGAUUUUCGGCGUUUACGAAGAGAUCGCGGGCCGAGGCGGAUAAUUUGAUGAAAGUAGAAAUGGUGAUUAAAGUUAUACUUGCAUUGGUGGUGGCGAAUUCUAACACUUAAGAAAUGUGAUAAAAAGUUGAAAUAUUCAUUGUUCAUCAUAUUUUAACUUGUUUGUUUAUAAAAUUUACAAAUAUUAGUUGAAAUAGGAGUGUUUCGAAUUCAAUUUUCACCAAAUUGGGUGGGAAUAGCUAAGUUACAAGGAAAUUAAGAAAAUUUGUGUUGCAUAUUGAUAGUAAAGCUUACUUAUUACAUGUAAUUUAAUAAUACAUUUGGUAUUUUAGAGAAAUACAGAAAACUUGAAGCUAAGUCUUUAGUUUAGCAUAGAAUUAAAUAAACU